ACCAACAGAAGAAGAAGUGUUACCGGAAGUGAUUCCGGCUCCAACUCUAAUGGUGGACAAGAUGGUUUUUCCUCGUUUCGCGUUGCCAUGAGACAGAAGCGGAGUGAACCACCAGAGCCUGAGUACAAAAUUGUUCCUGUAGGAUAUUUUAUAUUUCCAUCAAGUUUCGCUCCGGACUCAUUUCAUGUUGGGAAAAGGAAGUUAGCGCAGCAUGCUAACAGGAAUUAGACGGAGACGGGACUCGGCUACAUACUGCUGGUCAGAGUAACUUCCAUAGACAUUAAGGGGAUUCUUCUCGGACCCAGACUGUUCAGAUGUCCCGAUUGAUGUGUCUAAAGAGACCUUUUAUUUUGUUUUAUUUUACAUCUGAAUGAGCUCCUGGUGUCCUACGAGGAAAAGUUUCUGAAUUGAAGUUUCUGGAUUUCUAAAAAUGUCUGAAGUCCAAAAGCUACGAGCUGCAGCGGCAGAGACCAUUCACCCGCCCGAGGAGGAGGAGGAACAACACGAACUGCUGGACGGGGUCACCGAGCCUGAAGUCCCGGUACACAGAGCAGAAUUUCAGCACCUGUUGGUGAUUAAAGAAGAGGUGAAGUGGAGCUCCAGUCUGGACCAGGACGACCCACCAGGGCUGCCACACAUUAAAGAGGAACAGGAGGAACUCUGGACCCGUCAGGAGGGAGAGCAGCUUCCAGGGCUGGAGGAGGCUGAUAUCAUCAAGUUCACAUUCACUCCUGUCCCUGUGAAGAGUGAAGAAGAUGAUGAAGAGGAACCUCAGUCCUCACAGCUUCACCAAAUCAAAACUGAAGAGUUCAGGGAUGGAGAGCCUUGGCAAACAGAAUCUGAUGGAGAGGACUGUGGGGGACCAGAACCAGCCAGGAACUUUAAUCCAGAAUUUCCGCAGCUGUUGGUGAUUAAAGAAGAGGUGAAGUGGAGCUCCAGUCUGGACCAGCAGGACCAACCAGAGCUGCCACACAUUAAAGAGGAACAGGAGGAACUCUGGACCCGUCAGGAGGGAGAGCAGCUUCCAGGGCUGGAGGAGGCUGAUAUCAAGUUCACAUUCACUCCUGUCCCUGUGAAGAGUGAAGAAGAUGAUGAAGAGAAACCUCAGUCCUCACAACUUCACCAAAUCAAAACUGAAGAGAUCAGAGAUGGAGAGCGUUUGAACACCAAACAUGAUGGAGAGGACUGUGGAGGACCAGAACCAGCCUGGAACUUAAGUACAGAUAGUAAUUUACAACCAGCUGAUGAUGGCAAGACGUCACACUCCUCUGAACCUGAGUCUGAUGACAGUUGGGACUGGGAGGACACCAGGAAACAUCGAUGGCAACACGAUGAAGCACCUAUUGGAGAUGUGGACUGUAAUCCUGGAGCAAUAUCAGUUAUCCCAUCUGAAUGUGCUGCAACCUCAGGCCACAGUGAACAUCGGCUGGAAGAUGAUGAAAUCCAAACAGGAGUGAGACCAUUUGGUUGCUUAGUUUGUGGUAAAAGAUACCGCUGGAAGAACUCAUUAACAGAUCAUAACAGACUUCAUGCAGAAGAAAAACCAUUCAGCUGCUCAGAGUGUAAAAAAUCUUUUCAAUGGAAAAUACAUCUUGUGAGACAUAUGAGGAUCCAUACGGGGGAGAAACCAUUUAGCUGUUCUGUUUGUGGUGAGAAAUUUGCCAAAAAGCAACUUUGGAGACGGCACUUGGCUGUCCACACAGGGGAGAAACCAUAUUGUUGUUCAGUUUGUAGGAAAAGAUUCACGCGGAAGGACAGCCUGAGGCUGCACUCUGUUGUCCACACAGGGAAGAAACCAUUUAGUUGCUCAGUUUGUAGGAAAGAAUUUACACGGAAGGACAGCCUGAGGCUGCACUCUGCUGUCCACACAGGGGAGAAAACAUUUAGUUGUUCAGUGUGUGGUAAAGGAUUUGCCGUGAAGUUCAACCUGAGACGACAUUUAAAACUCCACACGGGAGAAGCCACUUAGUUGCCGUGCUUGUGAGUAAAGAUUCAUGUAAAAGGGACAUCUAACACAGCACUUCAAAUAAACCGCUCCACAUCAAGGAGCUUGUCACAAUAAAAACUUUCUUUAACUCACUUCGAUGAACCAGACGACUGUGCUGUUGUAAAAGUGGGAUGUGUGGAAAAUGACCUGAGGAAAUUCAUCCCCGGCAUGGUUGUCUUCAGAACGCUCUCUAAAAGUCACAUAGAAGCUCAAAAAACAUUUUUCUGGUGACAUCAAACAAUGCCAAGAAUGGUGCGCCACAGGAUGAAGAAGAUGAAGAGUGUCAGAUGUUCAUGCUUGGCCCAGGAUUUACAAAGAAGUGUGAACUUAAAGAAACACGACCACGACACCCUCUCACCACCUGGGUGCCUGCAUCUGUACCUUCUUAUUCUUCAGGAGGAGAAACAAGAGACAGUUCUGUAAACAAUCAAUGAUAAUCUUAAUUAUAUGUCUCAUGUUAUUGUGCUUUAAAUUCACUUAUUGACAAAUAAAUGAAUAUAUGUGUUGUCUGUAACAUGAUCAGCAUUCAUAGUAUUUUAGAUUUGGAUUGAUAAAGUUUUCGUUAAUAGAAUGUUUUCACACGGAUCAGGGAAUAUGACUAAUCUCUGUCAAUAUUAAUUUGGUUAAACGUAAAUGCAUCAUUUGUUAAAAACCUGCUCUGCACAAUGUAAUGCUAAUUUGGUACAAGAUGGCGUCUGGUCACAUUAAGUCAUGUUUAAAUUUGUUUUCUGUAUGUUAUGUAUUUUUUUGUUUUUGUGUUGUGCUUAUUAGUAAUGCAAGAUACAUUUCCCCAAAUUAAUAAUAAAUAAUUUUACCCCUGAUGA